GUGUCAGCGCAUACCUUCUCUAUUCACACUGGAUUCUUGUUUGGGAACAACAAGCGGACAAGUCUGUGCGGCUGUUAGCAGAGCCUGAGAGGGAAAAACUCAACCAGAGAGAGAUUCAGACACAGGAGAAUAAUCAGAAAAUACACAAGGAAUCAGAAAGGGUGAGAUAUUAAGGAGACCCAAAAGGAGGGCAUUAGAGGGAUCAGUGGUAAUCAGAUAGUUAAAAGUGUAGAAGGGGCUAGAAUCAAGGUGGGGGGCGAAGCGAUUAGACAGAAGAGGAAAAAGGGAGGGAAUGAGAGAAGGUGACAGAGGAUUAUAGCCUAACCUUAUACAGAGGAUGGUAAAGACAGGGAAAUACUUAAAAAAGAAUCCAGAGAAAGAAUUUAAAACAACAGAGUGCGGGAUGAGGUGACAAAAUGAUUUAGGGAGAAAGCAGAAUAUUUAGGACCAGAAUCUGAGAAAGAUUAAAGAGAGGCAGUUAGUUGGGGAAGUUAAAAAUAGUAAAAUAAACAAGGUGAAACAAGAUACAGGAACAACAAAGUUGAGAGAUAAAAUAAGAUAUUUUUUGGAGGGAUGUAGUGAGUGAGAUAGGUAAACAAAUAUAUUCACAAUAGUUAAUAUACACAGUUAUACAAACUAAUAUACUUACACUGGUUUAUAUACACAGUUACACAAACAAAUAUACUCACACUAGUUGAUAUACACAGUUACACAAACAAAUAUACUCACACUAGUUUAUAUACACAGUUACACUAGUUUAUAUACACAGUUACACAAACAAAUAUACUCACACUGGUUUAUAUACACAGUUACACAAACAAAUAUACUCACACUGGUUUAUAUACACAGUUACACAAACAAAUAUACUCACACUAGUUUAUAUACACAGUUACACAAACAAAUAUAUGCACACUAGUUUAUAUACACAGUUACACAAACAAAAAUACUCACACUGGUUUAUAUACACAGUUACACAAACAAAUAUACUCACACUAGUUUAUAUACACAGUUACACAAACAAAUAUACUCACACUGGUUUAUAUACACAUUUACACAAACAAAUAUACUCACACUAGUUUAUAUACACAGUUACACAAACAAAUAUACUCACACUGGUUUAUAUACACAGUUACACAAACAAAUAUACUCACAUUGGUUUAUAUACACAGUUACACACACAAAUAUACUCACACUAGUUUAUAUACACAGUUACACAAACAAAUAUACUCACGCUAGUUUAUAUACACAGUUACACAAACAAAUAUACUUACACUAGUUUAUAUACACAGUUACACAAACAAAUAUAAUCACACUGGUUUAUAAACACAGUUACACAAACAAAAAUACUCACACUGGUUUAUAUACACAGUUACACACACAAAUAUACUCACACUAGUUUAUAUACACAGUUACACAAACAAAUAUACUCACGCUAGUUUAUAUACACAGUUACACAAACAAAUAUACUCACGCUAGUUUAUAUACACAGUUACACAAACAAAUAUACUCACACUGGUUUAUAUACACAGUUACACAAACAAAUAUACUCACACUAGUUUAUAUACACAGUUACACAAACAUACUCACACUAGUUUAUAUACACAGUUACACAAACAAAUAUACUCACACUGGUUUAUAUACACAGUUGCACAAAUAUACUCACACUGGUUUAUAUACACAGUUACACAAACAUACUCACACUGGUUUAUAUACACAGUUACACAAACAUCUUGUUAAAUCAUCAGUAAACAGCUCACACACAUAAAAUUAUAUGCAUAAAACAUAUAGUCAUAUAACAAUUAAAUACACCUCACACACACCCGGCUGUACACUAUGAGAAUGCACAUAUAAAUAUAUUGUUAUGUAAAAGACACUGUAGUCAUCUAUAUAUAAUUAUAUGUCAUACGCUGGUAUACAUGCUUAUAUACAAUCAUAUAUAGAAUAGCACACGUACAGUGAUAUGCAUUGAUAUGCUAGGGCCCAGGUGUAGCUCACAAAUACAGUGAUAAAUCAGCAAAUCUACACAAGCUGCACACAUGGUCCUUAUGGCUGUACCAGCUGCCUAUACCAUCAUCAUUGUGCCGCUUUACAGCAGCAGAGAGGCCCUGACCUUCUACAUGUGGCUGCGUCGCAUGAAGGAGUUGGAGCAGGAGCGGGAUGCGUUGUUAGAUGGGGUGCAGCUGGUGGACAGAGCACAGGAAUGGUAUAAGGAGAGGUUACAUGAGGCGGAGAAGCAGAGAGAGCUACGGUGUUCUAAGGACCCACCUCUGGUUCCACCGCCACCUCUUCUUGGCACGUCACUAAUGGUUCAAAUCCAAGAAGUGAAUAGAUUCUUGAGUGACCUAAUUUCCCCAUCAGAAAAGGGUGUCCGGAGACAACCGAGCUUCAACUCUAGGCAUUCUGACAUCUUGACCUCUCUUAAACACCAGAACAAGCAGCUCACAAGGGAGCUCUCUGCGCAGAAUGAGCGCAUCUGGAAGCUGCAAAGAGAAAACGAGGCUUUAUACAGAGAGCUGCAGGAGCGCCAGAUACACCGCGCUACCUUCAUAUAAGAAGGCUACAGAGCGUCACUCCGGCUACUAACAAAAUCCACAAACUACCAAACAGAACAAUCGCUUUUUGAAAGAGUGAAAUAUCCCUCUGGUUUACACAAUAAAACACUUUAUUUAGGACCAAGCUGGGGAUUACUGCAGAAUAAUGUCACACCCUCUCCAUUUGAUCAGACAAAAAAUGCACAGGACUAUAUUUAUAAUGACCUUGAAUAAGGAUAUUGGAUGAUAAUAUUUUUUUUGGUUGUAAUUAUACAGCUGUAUAUUUGCUUUUGGUGCUGUACUUUAUUUAUUGGUUCGACUUGUAUCUAUUGUAAGCAAAGCUCCUUAUUAGCGCAUUAUCUGACCUUUGUGUGUAAAAGCCGCCACCCUUAUUACUUAAUAAAUGUUUAUUUAAGACACA